AAAGAAUAGGAUUGAAUGAUUCAAGAUAUUGUUUUAUAGAUUAAUUUCUGUUCAUUUUGAUUGAGGGAAUCUAGAAGGACUCUAAUACUUCCAGGUAGACUUUGAACUUGAUAAAACCAAGUGGACCAGUGGAAGAAGGUCAAAUCAUCACUGACUUGAUUCUGAGACUUUCCAGACUCCAGAACCUUAAAAUCUGAAACAAAUGCAUUUUUAUUUUUAGAGUAUUUAUUAAGACCUGUGAGCAACAAUCCUGUCCUGUUUGACCCAGGUACGAUACGUCCAGUGUUUCUAGUUGUCGUUAUGAAUUGCUUGACAAAUGUUUUCUAUCACACUUUUCCUUCCACUCAACUUUCUAUUACUCAUGUAAUUUCCUUGGAUACAGACUUAGCAAUGACUUUUCUUGUGGAGAUUAUCAGUCAGCAGUUAUGAUCUCGAUUUAUAACACUGCUUUUCAUAUUGUGAAAAAGGAAAUGGGAGUUUAUGGGGCUGUGUGGCACAGAAAUUUCACAUUUAUUAUGUGUUUUUAAAUCACUAAUGAUGAAAAAGCCUGAUUUGAAAACAUCUUGAUUUGGUUUCAAAGUCGUGUUUGAAAAAUAACAUUAGUAAAAUAAUCGACAUAUUGGGUUUGAUAAAAAAGAACCCUAACUGCCUAAUGGAUCUAAUUAGCAUCAUACCUAAAUGUAUAAUUUAUUUAUUUUUAAAUAAAUAUCAGACAAAAAAAAUGGGUAUUUAAUGAGUAGACUGGGGGGAAAAAAAUACAUAAUUACAAAAUAACACUUUUCCAAAUCCAACUUUUAAGUACAAAAUUUAUGAAACUAACAUUUUUAAGUAUCGUAAGUAAAUGUUACUUCAGAGACUUUUUGGAAACAAAUUACUUGUAGGAGGAGUUUUAUUGCACCAUAUUUUGACGUUUUAGUUGAGAAAUAUAAUUGUGAAGCAUUGCUAGUCUUACUUGAGUGAAAUUUCUGGACCCUCUGCUCACUGUGACUAACUUCACUGAAUAAAGAAGAUUGUUUUAACUAAAAAUGCACCAGACACAGAGACAAACCCACAGUUUAUGUCAAAUGAGACCUCGGCUUUAUUCGCAAGCUCUGUUGUUCUGAUGUUAUUUUCUAUUUGCUGAUUGCUUUAUAGGAAAUUAAAAUUUGUAUAUAUAAAGAAAUAUACAUUUAGUUUUCAGAAAACCCUCAACAUAACGCUUUAAAUCCCACCUCUGAGUGCAUAUCGCCCUGCAGGCGAGUCUCCCUUCCUGAGCGGUAGGUGGCGGUAGAGAGCCGCUUUUCGACAGAGGAAGUGAAGAAGAGAACUUGCUGUUAGCUGUGCUAACUGGAAGAUGUUGGCUUGGAAGCGACAGCUGUGCUGUCUGGCGGACUGACAGAUGCCUUCACCAUGAUGCUGGGCCACGCCGCGCUGCUCGUCGCCCUCUUCCUGCCGCAGGCCGGAAGCUUCCUGAGCCCCGCCGAGGAUGAUGGCAUCCCCGAGGAGUGGGUUCUGCUCCACGUGGUCCAGGGUCACAUUGGAGCCGGGAACUACAGCUACCUGCGCCUCAACCACGACGGACGCAUCAUCCUGCACAUGCAGAGCCUCAAAGGUGACGCAGACCUGUACGUGUCUGACAAAACGCUCCACCCGAACUUCGACACCUACAAGCUGCAGUCGGUGACCUGUGGCCAUGACGUGGUGGUCGUCCCUGGCGACUUCAAGAGGCCCGUGGGGAUCGGCGUCUACGGCCACCCGUCGUACCAUGAGAGCGAGUUUGAGAUCCGGGUGUUUUACGACCAGUCGGUGCCGCAGGACCCGUUCGAAAAGGGGUCGGACGGACAAAUCGAUAAGAAACCCCCCCAGGGAGCGGACAACUUUCAAGAGGAGGAAUCGAUCUUUUGGACUAUACUGAUCGGCCUUUUAAAGCUUAUACUUGAAAUUUUGUUUUGAAAUUUGUUGCCCCUACGAUGCUGGGAGACAGAUUGGCAUUUGACUUGGUCAGCACUGAAAAUAAAUGAUUUGUAGUAGACAUAGUAUGUCUACUAUGAUAUCCUCCAGAACUAAUGCCUUUUUAAAUUGCAGUCAAACAUACAGAAAUAACCAGGUAGUAGAUAAAUUCACUGGGAACUUUGCUUUGGGCGCACCGAGUGCAGGUGUCUGGCUGAUCUGCCAAUUCCAAUUUUGGUUGGUACGGAUUUAUUUUUUUGUCUGAACUGUAAUUAAGUAUAGCAAGAAAGUUGCUAGGGUGACUAUUGCUAACUGUGAACAUACAGAUAUGAACGGUGGGCGGGGCUGACAGUCAAACCUCUCUCCAAAACGAGGACAGUAGUUGAUUUUUGGUGGAUAAGAUCGGCUGAUCACCAAUCUCCCAAAAUUUAGGAAAUCUACGCCGAUUAACUGGCUGGUUGAUUUAUCGGUGCACAACUAGUGAUGUCUGACACACGUCAAUGUCUGAUCGAUCGCUGUCGUUUCACACUUUGCUUUGGUACGACGGAGCGUUGGGGCCAGACUGGAAGAAUUUGGUUUUCUGAAAUUAUGAGAAUAAAGGGAUAUAAGAAUAAAGGAGUAAUAAUACCAGAAUAAAGUAAUAGUUUUAUGAGAAAUCCUACAAGAAAAUAAAUUGUUACCACUGUGUUAAUAGAGGAGGGAUGUUGAGCAUUUUGUGAAGUUUUAAAAAAAUAAGGAAGUAUCAAUUUAUUAUCAGUAGCAGGACUUUAAAACAAUCGUCUAUCAAAGAAAA